UUUCUGAACCUGCUUUCGCCUUAUCUAUUCCUGGCAACCAAACAAACCCUCAAGAUCUUCUAAAACCCUACCUUCCAUUUUUUAUCGUGCCCUAGCCUGCACCACGCGAUCCUAGAUAGCCUUUGAUGCUUUAUACCCUCUUACAGUCUCCUCCUUUUUGUAUUUUAAUAUGAAAAGGAGUUUCCAGAAUAAAGCAAGCAAAUGCUACAAAUUUUGUUGAUUUCGUGGGUCUAUUUUCUUCCUAUCUCAAAACCCUAACUAACCCUAACUCUAACCCAUUCACAAUUUUGAAUUUUCUUAUCCAUUCACAAUUUUGAAUUUUCUUAUCCAAACGCAAGACAGAUUUUUUUGUUCUGGGCAUAUAUAUGGCUAUUGCUUAUCCUCAUUUUAUUGGGUCUCAGAAAUCUGCAAUGGAGACGGGGAUGAUAUCAUCUCCGUCUUCGUCUUCUCCAUCUCGGCCUCCUGUGAUCCUUACCCAAGAUGAGUUGAAGAAAAUCGCGGCGUACAAAGCUGUGGAAUACGUUGAGUCCGGUAUGGUUCUCGGGCUCGGAACCGGGUCAACGGCGAAGCACGCCGUGGACCGCAUAGGCGAGCUUUUGCGGCAAGGGAAGUUGAAGAACAUUGUGGGAAUACCCACAUCGAAGAUGACCCACGAACAAGCGGUUUCGUUGGGGAUUCCAUUGUCGGAUCUGGAUUCUUAUCCGAUUUUGGAUCUUGCUAUUGAUGGUGCGGAUGAAGUCGACCCGUAUUUGAAUUUGGUGAAGGGUCGGGGCGGGUCACUGCUGAGGGAGAAGAUGGUGGAGGGUGCUUGUAAGAAAUUCGUUGUGAUUGUUGAUGAGUCCAAAUUAGUUAACUAUUUGGGAGGCAGUGGUCUCGCUAUGCCGGUUGAGAUUGUGCCGUUUUGUUGGAAAUUUACUGCCCAAAGGUUGCAAAUGUUGUUUGAGGAAUCUGGUUGUGUCGCAAAGCUUAGGACUUACCAGAAUGGAGAACCUUUUGUUACAGAUAAUAUGAAUUACAUUGUGGACUUGUAUUUCAAAAGGGAAAUUGGGGAUUUGAAGGUUGCGAGUGAUGCAAUUCUGAGACUUGCUGGUGUCGUUGAGCAUGGAAUGUUUAUUGAUAUGGCAACCACUCUUAUUGUUGCAGGGGAGUGUGGUGUCAUUGUGAAGGAUAAGUGGGACUCUGCAAGCCAUCGGAGGUAGUUUUACUGGUCGAGGUCAACACUUUAUAUGCAGACUUAAUUAUCAUCUUUUUACAAAUGAAAUUAGGGAAAUAUUUAUCAGCCAUUGUUGUGACAGGGAAGUAUUUUGGCCUCCUGGCAAUCAAUUGAUACACCUGUUGGGGAGUUUGAAGUUUCCCCUAGAAUUUUUUGUCAAGCUCACAUUUAGUGAAUGAUGAUGAACUUUUUGUAUUAGCAACUGUUUUAUUCUCAUUUUAAUGUAAAUGAAGGGAUUGAUAUUCAGCUUCCGAAUUAGAUUUUGAUCUUUCUGUUCCUUAAAUCCAGGGGAUUGUAAUUGAUAACAUGCUGAGGCUUCUGUUUGCUUCACCCACUGUACAUCAUGGAUUUUCUUUAUCUGAAGGACUUUCUUUCUGGUUAUUUUCA